AUGGUGAUCCCUCCCAGAGCUCCGUCUCCACACUCUGCCGCGCUCUUCUCUGAGGGUCACACCGGAUUGCGUCCCCUCUUUCCCAGCAGCCUUUCCAAGCGCUUUCAACCCCACCCCUCCCACCGCCGCCGACUCCGAGCUGAGAACCUCCGGCUCACAUUCCUGGCAGCUCACGCUCUCCCGCGAAGUCGACGCUUUUCAGAACAGCGACGGGUGAUGGAAGGCAGAGAGGAGGUGGUGAUGGUGAGAUCGGCGGAGGGAGUCACUGGGAUCCCAGCUCGGGAACCGCAGGGGAAACCGGGCCACAGGAGCUGCCUGAGCCCCGGCGCUGCGCCGUACUCGCGGGAGAGGACCACGGAGCUUGCGCCGGAGGAGAGCGCACGGAGGAGCAUGUGCUCCGACACCAGGUCGGUCACCGUAUCUUCCUCCGGGGUACGGCAUCACAAAGAUGGCAGCAGCUCGGACAACGAGUCGGACUUCUAUGAGGAAAUUGAUGUGAGCUGCACCCCUGACAGCAUGGACUACCCAACGUCUAAAGGUCGCAACGGAGAAUCUCCGGGUCAUUCUCCGGGUGAGAGCGGCGCCGACCCGGGUAAGACAAUCCCUGGUCAGGGUUCUCUGUCCUACGGAGCGGACCAGAUCCGCCGGUACCGAACAGCGUUCACCCGGGAGCAAAUCGCCCGACUGGAGAAGGAGUUCUAUCGGGAAAACUACGUGUCCAGGCCGAGAAGAUGCGAGCUCGCGGCUGCUCUAAAUCUACCUGAAACCACAAUUAAAGUGUGGUUCCAGAACCGCAGAAUGAAAGACAAGCGCCAGCGGUUGGCCAUGACGUGGCCUCACCCCGCUGACCCGGCCUUCUACACCUACAUGAUGAGCCACGCCGCGGCCACUGGGAACCUGCCCUACCCCUUCCAGUCCCACCUGCCGCUGCCCUACUAUUCUCCCCUGAGUGUUGGUGUCGGCGGCGCCCCGGCCCCUGGUGCCACACCUUUUUCGACCCCGCUGCGCUCUCUGGACAGCUUCCGGGUGUUGUCUCACCCUUACCAGAGGCCAGAGCUUCUGUGCGCCUUUAGGCACCCUUCCGUUUACCCGUCAGGCCCGGCCCAUGGCCUCGGCCCGGGUGGGAGUCCCUGUUCCUGCCUGGCCUGUCACACUAGUCACUCCAACGGGAUCGCUAGCAGGCCAUCCGGUUCGGACUUUACCUGCUCCCCAACCAGCAGGACAGACUCUUUUGUCACUUUUACGCCUUCAGUGCUCAGCAAAACUUCAUCUGUUACACUAGACCAGAGGGAAGAGGUGCCUCUGACCAGAUGAAACCAAAACCAAAACCAACUCUCCCCGUUUGUGUAAGCGUAAACCUCUGCAUUAUUGGACCGGGACUAAAACAGCAUGAAUAAAUCGGAGAGGAAAACAGCACUUCCGACGUUCGAGAAAGCGCUCAAAGAAUCUGGCCUGACUGUAACUUAAUUCUACUUGAGAGCCAGGACAUCAAAACAGGGAUACCAGAUAUGAUUUUUAGAAGACUUAUUUGAGGGCGGGCAAAUCCAAUUGGAUGGAUGUCAUUAAGGUUUUCUCUCAUUGUUAUUGCUUGUCGCCUCUUUAGGCAUCUAAAUCGAUCUACGCGUGUAAUUAGUUACGCGAGAAUGAUGCUUCCCUUUUCUCUUUUUUUAACAAGGGGAUAUAUAUUUUAUUUUUUUCCCCAUAAGGCAGACUAUGACCGCCUCAUUAAAAGCCACUCUCCACAUCGGGGUCCUAGAAGAGGCGGAGGCAGCGGCGCGGGCCGAAAUGUGCACAUGCAAGUAAAAUUAGUAAGUGAUGUAUAUGUACGAGCCGGCACAUUUUGAGCGCUGAAUUAAUGGUAAUACCAGUAGGAAGGGAUCGUUGCUGACAAAAGGUAUAACAAGGCGCCGAGGGAACGGAUUAGACUUAGACU